GAGAAAGCAAAAGCAAAGAAAGCUCCAGAAGGAGGCGAGCACCCGGUCUUUCGUCCUGCGGUCCCUUUAAGAGAAGAACCUCUUGGGACCGGCAGUCCCAACCGACCCCAGUUUUAACCGAAACCUAACCCGGACUUCCCCCUCUUGACUCAAAUAAGACCAACUUUGGAUUUUCCCUCCCCUAUUGACCAAUCAGAUUCUGUUACCAGGCAGACUUUAGCUGCCGCCGGUGCGAGCCCGGCGCCUUCUGUCUCCGGGUGGCAGCAACAACCAAUGGUAGAACAGGCCGUCCGAGUAUCUAGGCAGAUCGGGGCUGUUCCAGCCAUUCAGAAAAAAGAAAAUAAAGCAACGCACGAGCCCGCUGGGCCAGGACCGUGGGGCUGGGCUGGAGUGAAGGUGGCUGCGAGCCCUCAUGCCGGGAUGGCAGAAGAUGAACCUGAUGCUAAGAGCCCAAAGACUGGGGGAAGGGCCCCCUCAGGUAGUGCUGAGGCAGGGGAACCCACCACCCUCCUUCAGAGGCUCCGAGGUACCAUUUCCAAGGCCGUGCAGAACAAAGUAGAGGGAAUCCUGCAAGAUGUACAGAAAUUCUCAGACAACGACAAGCUGUAUCUCUACCUUCAGCUCCCCUCAGGGCCCAGUACUGGAGACAAAAGCUCAGAGCCAAGUACACUCAGCAAUGAGGAGUACAUGUAUGCUUAUAGGUGGAUCCGCAACCACCUAGAAGAGCAUACUGACACCUGCCUGCCAAAACAAAGUGUUUAUGAUGCCUAUCGGAAGUACUGUGAGAGUCUCGCCUGUUGCCGCCCACUCAGCACAGCCAACUUUGGCAAAAUCAUCAGAGAGAUCUUCCCUGACAUCAAAGCCCGAAGGCUUGGUGGCCGGGGCCAGUCCAAAUAUUGUUACAGUGGCAUACGAAGGAAGACCUUGGUGUCUAUGCCGCCCUUGCCCGGACUUGACCUAAAGGGCUCUGAGAGUCCAGAAAUGGGCCCAGAAGUAACCCCAGCACCUCGAGAUGAACUGGUUGAAGCAGCCUGUGCCUUGACCUGUGACUGGGCAGAGCGAAUCCUGAAACGGUCCUUCAGUUCCAUCGUUGAGGUCGCCCGCUUCCUGCUACAGCAGCAUCUCAUCUCUGCCCGAUCUGCACACGCCAAUGUGCUCAAGGCUAUGGGGCUUGCUGAAGAGGAUGAACAUGCCCCUCGGGAACGGUCAUCUAAAUCCAAGAAUGGUGUAGAGAAUCUGGAGGGCGGAGCCCAUAAGAGACCAGAGAGACAGGCCCAGCCUCCUAAGGAGCUGGACCCCCGGGCUGGGGCUGGCCUCCCAGCACGCGGAGAGCGAAAGAAGAGUGUAGUGGAGAGCCCAGCGCCAGCAGCCAAUAACCCACAGGUUAAUGCCCUAGUGGCCCGGCUGCCUCUGCUUCUCCCUCGGGCCCCUCGCUCGCUUAUUCCACCAAUCCGAGUCUCUCCACCCGUCCUGGCCCCCAAGCUUUCUUCAAGCACUCUGAAAAUGGCUACACUGCCUCUGCCCCCUAGAGCUGGGGGACCCCAAGCAGCUGUGCCCAUCAUUAACAUGAUCUUACCAACUGUUCCUGCUUUGCCUGGACCUGGACCUGGGCCUGGGCCUGGGCAAGCUCCACCUGGGGGGCUCACUCAGCCGAGGGGCACAGAGAACAGGGAAGUGGGCAUAGGUGGUGACCCGGGACCCCAUGACAAGGGUGUGAAGAGGACAGCUGAAGUACCUGUGAGUGAGGCCUGUGGGCAGGACCCACCAGCUAAAGCAACGAAGCAGGAUAUAGAGGAUACAGGAAGUGAUGCCAAAAGAAAACGGGGGCGCCCUCGAAAAAAAUCAGGUGGAAGUAGGGAAAGGAAUUCUACCCCUGACAAGUCAGCAGCUGCUGUGGACUCUGCCCAGUCCUCAAGGUUACCACUGGAGACGUGGGCCUCUGGAGGGCAAGGCAACUCAGCUGGAGGGUCAGAGAGGCCAGGGUCAAUGGGAGAGGCUGAGAAGGAGAUGCUUGCCCAAGGUCAGGCGGAUGGUGCUGUUUCCAGAGGAGGAAGGGGCCCCAGUUCCCGGCAUGCCAAAGAAGCAGAAGAUAAAAUUCCUCCUGUCACCCCGAAAGUGAGUGUCAUCAAGGGCAGUAGAAGCCAAAAGGAGGCUCUUCAUUUGGUCAAGGGAGAGGUAGACACUGCAGCACAGGGUAAUAAAGACUUAAAGGGGCAUGUGCUUCAAAGCUCCUUACCCCAUGAGUGAAAAGACCCCAAAGCAACACCCCCAUGAUAGGUAUGUGGGGAAGAGUGCUACGUUAACUCUACCUGUCUGCCUAGUAGAGGCCCUUCUUUGCACUUGCUUCUCACUUGGCUCUUCAUUCUCUUCUGUAUAGACAGCUGAGGCACCCUGUCUUGCAUAGUGCCUGGUUCUUGCCUCUUACCUUUCCAGCUCAAUACCCUUGGCUUUAGAGUCACUAAUAAAUCUGUACUGACCAUCUUACCUGGAUCCCUGUGCUAUCCUGUGGAAAUACAGGGAUGGAGUAUGAUGAAUGUAUAGGUUAGGCAUCUUUCCAUUUUAAAUCAUAGAAAACCUAACUCAAACUGGCUUAAAAAUAAAAAUGUAUUGGCUCAUGUGACUGGAAAGUCCAGAGGUAGUGCUGGCUCCAGGUAAAGCUGAUCCAGUGGCUCAGUAUGUCUCUAAAUACGUGGUUGAUUUUCUUCCCCUACUGUUCUACCUUCUGUAGGAUCAAGCCUGGUCCACCUCAUGGCUGCCAGCACUCCUAGGAUUACACGUUUUCCUCAUUUAUGUCCAGCCAGAAAGAGAGGGCAUCUUUGUGCCAGGAAUCGUAGCAAAAGCCCUAAGAUUCACUCUGGUUAGGCCAGCCUG